AUGCACCCAACCACGGCUGUGAAAAUGUUCAAGACUACAAAUAGAAUGAGGAGCAUACCACUAAUUUCACAAAUAGCUCACACUAUUUCCCAACGACUCCGUAAUUUAAAAAAGAUACCGCCUGAAUUAAUACCUCUUGGAAUGGUUGUUGGUGUUGCUGUUGGGUUUGCAGGUUACUCUUUGUUGAAGAAAUUCUGGGUGGAUAAGACAAUGCGACUGAGCCGUCAAAACCGUAAAGAUUGA